AUGAUUCGUAACUUUAAUUUCUCAAAUAAUUUCGAAAAAAUUGAUCUACCACCAGGAAGAUACAAACUUGAAUGCUGGGGAGCCCAAGGUGGCGGCUACAAUGUCAAGCCUUUAACGGAGAAUGGCGUUGGGGGCCAAGGCGGUUACUCCCACGGAAUUUUGACACUUCAGACUACCACUGUAGUCUACGUCUAUGUCGGCGGCAUGGGCGAUACAAGCCAAAACGGCUUUGCCUUUGGCGGAUUCAAUGGUGGUGGCAGUGCUUGGGGCCUUCCAUCUUCUUCACACCAACCCGGCUCCGGUGGUGGUGGUGGCACUGACAUCCGCAUUGGAUCUAAUAGCACAUACGCUCGCGUCAUCGUUGCCGGCGGCGGUGGAGGAGGAGGUGAAGAUUCCUAUUACCGGACCGGUGGCUAUGGCGGUGGCCUAACCGGUGGUAAGAAUUCCGCUAAUAUUGCUAGUUCCAUUCCAGGAACUCAGACAGGUUCUGGCAGCGGCGGUGACUUUUUUAGCGGCGACCACACUGAUUGCCAAGGCGGCGGUGGUGGCGGUGGCUGGUAUGGUGGUGGUGUAAGGAAUGGGCGAAAUACUCCUUACUCAUCAAGUAUUGGACAAAUUGCUGAUACAAAAGGCGGUUCUGGAGGUAGUGGCUUUGUUUAUACCUCUGAAACGUACAAGAACUACCCACAGGGAUGCCUUCUGAACCCAUCUUUCUAUCUAGAAGAAGCAGAAACGGUUUCAGGAAACGAAAACAUUCCAGAACCAGACGGAUCUACAAACAAAGGCCAUACCUGUCAUGGAUACGCGCGAAUUACAGCUCUUGGUGUCGAAUUUGAAGGUUUAAUUUACAUUUAUACUUCAAAUGACAAAUUUACGCCUUUUUCAGGCCAAAAUCUUUGUAAAGAUUCGAUAGAAAUUCCAUCUACAGUUCAAGGUUUCGCAGUUGAGUCAAUUUCAGAAAACUCUUUUUUCGGCAACACUUGUAUCAAAAAAGUUACGAUUCCUACCUCAAUCCUAUCGAUAGGAGACGAAGCAUUUGAAUCUACGACAUCUCUACAGACAGUUCUCUUUACAGAAACAAGCAAAUGCAGAUCUCUGGGAAAGAGGUGUUUUUUCGGUUCCUAUAUCCAGACAAUUACGAUUCCCAAGUCAGUUGAAUCCUUUGGGACCCAUAUUUUUAUGUCUUCUGCAAUAAAAGAAGUUUUAUUUGAAUCAAAAUGCCAAAUUACAGAAUUUCCCGAGUGGUGCUUCCACGAAUCCAUGAUUUCUCGCAUCAUCAUACCUGUAUUCGUUGAAACAAUUGGGAAAAUGUCCUUUUCGAGCACAAAUUUGGACGAAUUCUCCUUCGCGCGCGGUUCCUCUAUCUCCACCAUCGAUGACUUCGCUUUCUACAACUCCUCUCUCUCCGGAAUCACCAUUCCAUACACUAUUACCUCAUUUGGCCCACAUUCUUUCGAAAUGAGCUCUGUUUCAUUCUUCAAAUUCGAAAGCCUCAGUUCACUCGACCACAUUUCUUACAAAUGCUUCUGCAACAGCUCCCUCUCCGAGAUCGAGAUCCCCUCCUCAGUGAAAAGCAUCGGAGAGAUGGCGUUCGAGAGCAGCCUCGUGCGGAAGAUCUCCUUCGACUCGAGCAGUUUGUGCAGGAACCUCUCCGUCCGCAGCUUCUUCAACUGCAGCAUGGCCUCCCUCAGCCUCCCGCCAUCCAUCGCAUCGCUCGGCAGGGAGUGCCUCUCUCACUGCGCCAAACUCCGCCGCCUCUCCUACUGCAGCGGCGUCGUGCAGUCGGACAGCUCAGUCGUUUCGGACACGCCAAACCUGCAGAACGUAAGCGUGCCAUUCUUCUACACGUACGACUCAUUCUGCGGCCUGCCGAUCACGAAAAUCGACGUCUGCGAGUUCUCUCUGUUCUCGAACUUGAAAUGCAGGACAGAGCCAAUCAACUUGUACAUAAUGGUCCGGCCAUUCAUCAUCAGUCAUGUGUAUGUUCUUGCUGUGUCUUAA